CAUUAACUUUAGAUUGCACUGGAUGAUCGCAACUCCAAUAUACUAAAAUAGAACAAGAUAUCCUUAUAAGCGAUUCAUAAAAUAAGGUAAUUCUAAAUAUUAGUCGAACAUAAAGAUGAUAAAUUAGAUAUAAGUUAAUUGAUGAUGCAAUAAGCAAUUAAUAGAGAUAUUUUAAGAAGCGAUAAAAUGAAUAGAAUAGUUGUUUGUAAGUUUUUUGCUCAAAUCUAGAUUCGAUUUCUGUUUCAAAUGAUGUUAUGGCUGGCAUUAGUAUCUACCAUUUGAGGAUUGAUGAUAACUUUUGUAAAUAAAGAAAUUAAUAUUGUUGGUUAAUCAAAAAUAGUUUAGAUAGGAGCAAACAAUUUUUAAAUGGAGGAAGGGAUAUAAAAUUAGUUAUAAAUUGUUUAGAAGCAAGAAGAGAUUGGUUAUUCGAAUUAUUUUACACUUUUGCAUUAAUAUCAUUUAUGUUAAUGUUAGUUAUGCAUUAGAAUCUGUUAAAAUGGAGAGAAUUUAAUGAGAAAAUUUUUCAAUUAAUAUGA